GCUGGAUGGAGUUUUGUUACGUGCACAGAGAGCGGAACGCCAAAAAGCUUCCACAGGUGAGUCGCUGUGGAGUCUUUCGUGCACCUUCAGUCGAUCGUAGGCACUCCGAUUGAUCGUGUGUCUUGAGGUUUCUCUCGGUGAUCACGAAAAUUGCUCGCAAUUGUGCAACAAUCUUCAAAUUACCGCCCACGAGAAAGUGCGAACAUUGUUGAGUGAGGGUGGAUAGACAUCUGCCAAAAUGCUCUUUUCACUUUCUGCUCGUCUGAAAUUGCGCCCAAAACAGUGAAGCUCAAUCUCUUUUAUUUUUUGAACAAAAGACUGAAGAUACUUGACCUAUACAGAGCUCUGUGUUGAGAAAACUUCUCAAGGACUGUGACUUAUUCUUUGCUUGUGUACAUGCAUAUAUCGCCUCUUUUCAACACAGUGAAGGUGCUUGUAGUUUUCUUCCAAGCGGCAUAACAUUCAGUGGCUCAGGUGAUAGAUUGCGUUCUGGAAUCUAUCGAAGGGUAACACUUUUACUAGAAUCUCAAUGCAUUUUCUGUGCACUGUGGAGAUAUUUUAGUGUGAUAGUUGAUUGAGGCGACUUGAUUGCGUAAAUCCAGCGAUGGAGGCGGCUUGGCGUUUUCGGAUUAUGCUGCUUAUGGCAUUCGCAGUGAUCUUGUUUGGGGACUUUUUGGGAUAUGGCAGUGUCAAGAGUGAUCGCGCUCCGCCAAGGAGUACAUCAAACCUGAGAGACGAGGAUCCAGAUUUACACAUUGUCGAUGGCACGGCGCUCAACAUCCUCGACAGUUCGACAGAGCAGAGCCACACGGCGACCACGUAUCAGAUCUCGAAGAGGAAGCUCACGCAGACCCUGAGGGAGUCCUGUCUGCCCAAGAUGCUCUGCGAGAUGGCGGCCAGGCCGAGUUACAACCUGAGCGAUAGGGAGCGUGAUCUCCUCACGCUGAUCAAAUCCACAACUCUCACUCUAGCCAUGGCCGUAUCGCCAACUCGAUGGCACUUUGCCGCUCAUAUGGGCCAACUCUUGCGAUCUGGCGACUCCCUGUCCGGCACAAUCGGAUGCUCACAGCUUUGGCCACAAUGUCCCUUCAGCUCCCAGAAGUUGUUGCAACUGAGCUCGAAGGUGUCACUCAAAUAGAUGCCAAUGCGUUUUGCAUAACUCAUGUGAUGUUGCAUGAAUAAUGGAUGAUCUAGUCUUGUGAAGAAACUUUCAUUCAUGCAAAUUUGUUGAUACUUCUGACUAUCAAUUGUUUUGUUAAUUCUUUUAGAUCUGCAGGUCAAAAUAGGAUGUAAAAUUUUUUGUAAUGGAAAUACUUUUGUUGUACAAUAAAGUGAUUUUUAAUAAAAU